AUGGCAAGCCAAAGUGAUACAGACUCGGAUUUCGCGAAGAUCUUUGCCUUAAUAAAGCAGAUGGAAUUGAUUGCUGAGGACAUCCUCGCCGAUCGCCAGAAACUGAUCGAACUCGAUCGACGAAGACAAAAAAAUCGUGAAGCCCAGAGGGCAUUAAAACAAUGUACUAGAACGACAACAAGCAUCAACGAGUCACAAUCAGGAGAGGCGGCCUCACGCACCUGGUGUGUUUACGGAAGCUCACUCGUUCGGAUUGGGACUGCUCGAGCAGUGGAUUUCAUUGAUAAGGAGCAGGAAGAUAUUGAGGAAGAGAUCAAGACCGUGCGUAGAAAGAUUAUACAUUCUACUGAGAAACUUGCUGCACUUGAAGGUAGAAAAGGUGUUCAGGAUUUCUGUUUAAAACCACUCACAAGAGUAGAGCGGGAUGCGAUCCAUAAAAUUAUAGAGCCGUCUGCAUAA